AUGCUGCAGCACGCUGGAGUUGUAGCAGCAGAUGCUGCUGACAGAGACGGCAGCAGCGGCUUACUGAGUGUAGCAGAAAUUAAAAACAAAUACCCACCAGGUUGUUUGCUGCCGCGUAUCUUUAUUCUAGCUGUAGAUUAUGCAGCAGGUAGAGUCGAGGGUUCGCUGCGCCCUGUUGCUGCUGCUGCUACUGCUGCUGCUGCUGCAGCAGGAGGCGCACAGACAGCAGCAGCAGCAGCAGCAGCAGCGCGGCGGGGGAGGAACGUUUUGCUGCUGCAUCGCUUCCAGGAAGACCCGACUCCAGCAGCAGCCGAACCAUCAGAAGCAGGAGGAACAGCAGCAACAGCAGCAGCAGCAGCAGCAGCAGCAGGAGCUUCCUUAGAGAAGCUGCGAGUGCUGCUGCUGCAAUGCGUUCGUAAAGGAUUAGUUGUUGAAGGCGUUGUUAGAGGAGUGCAGCAAUACGGGGUAUUCGUACGAAUUUGUUUAUAUAGUGCAGAUACACCUGACGAAGGCCCUGCUGUCUCCUUUCUGCAGCAGCAGCUGGAGCAGCAGCAAGGCAAAAAGGGCAAGAAAGCUGCUGCUGCUGCUGCUGCACUGCAGCAGCUGCGCGGGCUUCGCCUUGUUGCUGUUGAUGCUCUUUGCUCUGCUUCUUGCUUAGGAGCAUCUACUGAAGCAGAGAAGACACGGCGGCUGCAGAUGUUAAAAGAAGGAGACAAUGUGCAAGCUAAAAUACUUGCAGUGCAGCACAUCACCUGCGAGCGUGAUGCUGCUGCUGCAGACAGCAGCAGCAGCAGCAGCAGCAGCAGCAGCAGCAGCAAAACGUGGCAAUCUAUCAAAGUCGAUAUAUCACUGGAUCCAGCAGAACUGCCGCCUCCCGAAGACCUGCAGCAACAGGAAGACACACAGCAGCAGCUAGCAGCAGCAGCAGCAGCAUCAGCAGCAGCAGAUGCUGGAGAAGCGCGAGACAACUCAACAGCAGCAGCAGCAGCAACAGAUAAGAAUGGGGCAUCCUUAACAAAUGAAGAAGCAGACACAGCAGCAACGGAAGGAAGCAGCGACAGUGAAGAAGAGGCUUUCCAGCAGCAGCAGCAGCAGCAGCAGCAGCAAGUGUGGGGUUGGGAGGAGACAGUAGCAGCAGAGGCUGCUGAAAAUGCAGAUGAGUCAGACGAAGAGGUAGAGCAAAAUACUGCAGCACCAGAAAAAGGAAAGAAGAGUAAAAGAGACAAACAAAGAAAACGCCGAGAGAUGCAGGAGGCCCUCGAGGCACUGGAGGCGCAGCAGCAGCAGCAGCAAGCGGGAGAACAGCCGCAUACUGAGGAUGACUUCGAGCGUCUGCUGCUUACUAAUGGAGAUGCUGCAGCUGUUUGGAUCAGUUAUAUAGCCUUUUACCUGCGUCUUGGUGAAGUAAAGAAGGCACGAGAAGUAGCAGAAAGAGCAGUUAAACAAAUUAAAUUUGCUGCAGAAGAAGAGCGGUUUGCUGUUUGGAUUGCAUUUCUUAACAUGGAGGCUGUCUAUGCUGAUAAUUUUAAUGCUGUCUUUAGAAGGUAA